UAUUAGUGGAUAAUUGGCAUUUCGUGAGAAUGCCCAGGCAGAGUUGUCCAUGUGUUCAUCACAAAAGCCCAUUGCCUAGUCCAGCGGUUUCUGCUCCGAAAUUGAAGUCCAAGUGUUGUCAUUGCAAGAAGAAUCGUCGAGAUAAAUCAAAAUCCUCAGAGAAAUCCCCCACGAAUUUUAAUGAGCCUAUGGCAGGAUCGCCUUAUCUGGAUGAUACCAGAAUUGGAGAAAAUGUAGAUUCAUCUAGUCAAGUUAAAUUCAAUGAACCACGAAAGCUGAAAAAAAAUUUGAUCAGACAUUCAGUGACCCAAGGAAUAAAUACCGAAGUUACUACUGAUAAUGGAUCUAGAAAUGAACGCCAGAAUUUUGAGGAGCAAAUAUCCAAACUCACUGCUGAAAAUGGCAUUAUAAUCCGUGAAUGCGAGGGUUUGAAGGAAAAACUCUCAACACUGACGACUGAAAAUGAAUCCUUAAAAUAUGAAACUGAAAAUUUGACGAGAAAAUUGAAAUCCCUGGAGGAAAAAGAGGAGAGGGAAAAUCCUGCAGGUGAAGAUGAAAUUAAGAGGCUGCAAAAUGUGAUACGAGAGAGAGAAAAUUCAUUGACUGAGGAAAGAAAUAAAUUAAAUACGAGAAUAUUAGAAUUAACGAAUACAAUAGAUCAACAGAAGAAGAAGAUAUCUGAGAUGAUGAGUAAUUGUGCUGACCAGAAAUCUAGGAUUGACGAAAAUGAGAAGAAACUUUUUUCUAAGAUGGCAGAACACUCCGACAUCGGUAAAAAAUUGAAAUCCAAAUGCUGUGAAUGCGACGAGCUUCAAAAAGAAAUAGAAAAUCUAAAACAAUGUUUGAUUAAAGAGUCGAAAGUAGCGAAUGAUUUCAGGGAAGAAAUUGAUCAGUGUAGGGAAGAUUGCAAAUGUGAACUGUUAAAGAAGGAGAAACUCAUUGAGAAUCAAAUAAAAAAUAUUGGGAGAUUUAAAAACAUCCUUCAUAAUAAUGAGAGAAUAUCCCAACAAGCAGCUCAAGAAUACGAAUGUUUAAUCAGAGAAUUUAAUUUAUUAAGACGACAGAAUUACGAAUUAACAAUGACUCUAAAAAAAAUUAAUAAAUCCAAGAGUUACAAAUUCAAACAACCGAAAAAAUGUUCUCAGUGUUUAAUUCUAGAAGAAAAGAUCAAUUCACUCUUUCGAGAGAAUAAAAAAAUUCUGCUUGCUGCCAGAUACACAUCACAAAAAUUAUGCGAGGCAACAGACGAAUUCCAAUCUCAACUCAAUUCUGAACAACAACAACAUGUAUUUUUAAUGUCCAUCGUAAAGCAGAAGGAGGAAGAAAUUGGAUGCCUUAAGAAGGAAAUGUACCACAUGAGACUGUACCACUAAAGAUUGUCAAUGUAAAGUCGUUUCUUUUGAAUAACUUUUCCUAUCGAUUAUAUUUAUUAAAAAAUCAUUGAUUAACAAUA